CAUGGCAAGAUUCACCGAUGCGUGUCGGAACAUCGGAACGACCUGUUGGAUACGGUUGCAUCGAUUUGCAAACGUCUGCAUCGGUAAAAACCGCACAUAAACUCUAGAUGCAUCGUAUCAAAACUACCUGCAUCGAUACAAACCGAUUAUUAUCUUCUAUUAUUAUAACUUUUUAGAAACGUGUCUUUGAGUUUUAGUUGCGUUUCUUUCCAUCCCUGUUGUUGCCUACUGCGUGCAUGCUAGUCUCUCUGCCACUCAAGUCUCGCCCGAAGCCUCGCGCGAGUAGGAGGGUCUAAACUUGCUUUCGAAGAGGACAGAGGCGGCAAGCUAGAAACCACGUUAGCAUGGAGGAAAACGAAACAGAGAGAAUACAUUCGGUUACGCGCUUUAGGUCAACGGUAUGGAAAGACUUUGGCUUCUACAAACGAGAUGGAGAGUUGGACAAGACAAUGGCCAUAUGUAAACACUGCAGAACAGAGGUACGAUAUACAGGCAGCACAACAAAUAUGUCGCAACAUCUGAAGCGGCACCACAGUACAGUAGUCCAAUCCCCGGAGACGUCAGCUAGCAGUGCUACUACAACAACUUCACGUGAGCCACGAAUACCUCAUUUUUUUCAAGCGCCACUUGCAAGCAAUUCUGCCCGGGCGAAUUCUAUCACGGACGCCUUAUCUUUCUUCCUCUGCAAAGGCAUCCAACCGUACAACAUUACAGCAAACGAGGGAUUCAAAUACCUGCUUGAAGUGUUGGAGCCAAGGUAUAGCAUACCAGACAGAAGGGUGUUUUCGGACCGAAUAGUUCCUGCGCUUUACGAGAAAGUGAAAGUGGAUGUUCUCAGCUCAAUGGGUCGUGCACAGAGGGUGUCAAUAACGGUUGAUGGUUGGACCUCCUGUGCCACUGAUUCUUACAUUACUGUUACGGCACACUAUGUGAACGAAGAGUGGGACAUGCAGUCUCACGUCCUGCAAACGCGAGUGUUUAAUGAGUCUCACACUGGGGUCAACUUGGCUGCGUUGCUGCAAGAUGUACUUCGCGAGUGGAACCUCGUGGAAAAAAAACCUGCCUUGGUGACAGACAACGCAAGAAACAUGCUAGUGGCAGGGGCUGGCGCAGAGAUAACACCCCAUGUCCGAUGCGUAGCCCACACAUUAAACUUGGCCUCGCAAAAGGCACUGAAGGUGGACAGGGUGUCCGAAUUGUUGGUGAAGGUGAGGAAGGUUGUUACAUACUUCCAUAAAAGCCCACAAGCAGCUGAGGUUUUGAGGGAAAUUCAGUCCCAGCUACGCCUACCCAACCACAAACUUAUUCACGAUGUCUGUACAAGAUGGAACAGCUCUGUGGACAUGCUGGAGAGAUUCUGGGAGCAACAUCCUGCUCUGUUGAACGCUAUGCUGUCGAGAAGGAUCAGGAGGGGAGAGGGCCUGUUAGCAGUGAAUGAGGACGACAUGACUCUGAUCCAGGAAAUCAUCAAGCUGAUGUCCCCUGUCAAAGUGGCCACCACACUUUUGAGUGAAGAAAAAAGCCCAACCAUCUCAAUGAUCGCCCCAAUACAAGCCAAACUCCACAAACACUUCUCCGAAGACAACACUGACCUGCCAAUCAUUGCAGAUAUGAAGCAGUGCUUCAGACAAGAUUUUUUUGAUCGUUACUUGGAUCUCCAAGAACUCCUCUACAAUGCAUCGGGCCUUGAUCCCAGAUUCAAAGACCUGGCUUUCCUUGAUGUGGACUCCAGAGACCUCAUCUUCAUGAAAAUAACAUCUGAGGUGGUGAAGAUGAACGAGCAGGCAGGAGACAGUGCUGCACUGUAUGAAGGAGAGGCAGAUGAGGGAGGCAGCGACGGAAGCCCCAGCAGGGAACGGAGAGAUGAUGAUGCCUCGCCCUCUCCUAAAAAGAAGACUGCCAUGGACCAGCUGUUUGGAGAGUUCAUCACCACAAGAAUGCCAUUGAAGACCAUGAGGGAGAAAGCUAAGGAUGAAAUUUUAAAAUACAGAGAGAGAGAUUCCUUAGAACUAGGCGGUGAUGUGUUGCAGUGGUGGAAAGGGCAGGUGGACCUGCCACUCCUUUCAGCUUUAGCUAAGGAUUACUUGUCCAUUCCAGCAACUAGUGUGAGCUCUGAGCGUGUCUUUAGCAGUGCAGGGAAUAUUGUCACUGCCCAAUCUUCCAGGCAGCUGUGCUUCACUACUGUUCUGUACGCCGAGAUGAAAGAAGAAGAAAAUAGUUUGAUGUUUACUCCUGGAUAUACAGUAAAAUGUUGUGAGUGA